AUGGCACAACAACAACAGACAGACAAUGUUAUGAGAAGGAAGCUGGUGAUAAUAGGUGAUGGUGCCUGUGGCAAAACGAGUCUUUUGAGCGUGUUUACCCUUGGUUAUUUCCCCACGGUCCCUACUGUGUUUGAAAAUUAUGUCACGGAUUGUCGCGUUGACGGCCGGUCAGUUCAGCUGGCUCUGUGGGACACUGCGGGGCAGGAAGACUACGAACGUUUACGCCCCCUGGCAUAUUCAAAGGCUCAUGUCCUCCUAAUCGCAUUCUCUGUAGAUACUCCAGAUUCUCUCGAGAACGUUCGAAAUAAGUGGAUUGAAGAAGCAAACGAGCGUUGCCCUGAUGUACCAAUUAUACUUGUGGGCCUGAAGAAAGAUUUGCGUGAAGAUCCCCAUGCAAUUGAAGAAAUGAGAAAGAAAUCCCUGCGUUUCAUCUCGCCCAAGGAAGGCCAUGAUACGGCGACCCAGAUCGGAGCAAGAAAAUACUUAGAAUGUUCAUCUCUUACCGGCGAAGGUGUGGAUGACGUUUUCGAAGCCGCAACCCGUGCAGCCCUUUUAACCUUUGAAAAGGACAGGAGCUCAUGUUGUAUAAUCUUAUGAGUUCAUGCCGCGCUCCCCAAUGGGAACAACCACCUUCACUGCCCCUUCAUUCCUGGUUUGAGCAUGAAGCAAACCCAUUUGAUGGAUUUAUCAUACUUCUACACUGAAGAAACCUCCCAGAUUUAUCUGUCAUCUUGUCUGGAAUUCUCUUCCCAAUAUCGUUUGAAAAACUGGGUUAUCUCCUUUGCACAAAAUAGUGUUUGACAGGAAACAAUUGAUGGAUAUUGAGUUACAUUCUGUAUGUGACCGACUGCUCUCGAAUUGAUUUAUAUUAUGCAUCUGUGGCGUUAUUUGGGAUUCCAUUUUUCAUAUCUUGGCAGUCUUGUGAUUCUUACCACUUUCAUGUGAAUUCUUUGCAUUUUUAAUUAUUAGUUGAAAUAAUUUUUCCACCUGUACUGUGUUAUGUGAUAAUGCUGCCUUUCCUAACCUCUUUGCCCUUCACGCAACCCCCUUCCUUUCCUCCUUUUACUUCUCCCCUAAGUCCCUUCUCCACUCCCUAAUUUGCUUUAUAUGUUUGUCCGUCGAGCUUACAUUUAAUACCUUUUCGCCUUUGAG